GAGGGAGAGAGGGAAGGGGCGAGGGGAGUUGGAUGAUUGAACUUUCUUGUUUAGUUUCUGCGCCGCGGAGCCUUCUGCCCCCACUGCAGCCCGGCACCCUCCCGGAGAGCGGGAGCGCACCCCGGCGCCUGCCGCCCCCCGCAGUCCCCUGCCCUCCUCCUCCUCCUCCUCCUCCUGCCCGCCCAGCCAUGGUGCCCAGCGCGUCCCUCGCCCUGCUCCUCUGGGCAGCGGCCGCCUGCGGCAGCCCCGCCGGGCCGGGGGCCGGCGCCGCCGCCCGCAAGGAGGACGAGGCUUUCUCCACGGCCAGAUGCACGUCCAGGUGCCUGAGCCUCCAGAUCACCCGCAUCUCCGCCUUCUUCAAGCACUUCCAGAACAACGGGUCACUUGCUUGGUGCCAGAAUCAUAAACAGUGUUCAAAGUGCCUGGAGCCUUGCAAAGAAUCCUGGGACUUGAAGAAAAACCAUUGCCAAAGCUUCUGUGAGCCUCUUUUCCCCAAGAAGAAUUAUGAAUGCCUAACUAGCUGCGAAUUCCUUAAGUACAUCCUGUCUGUGAAGCAAGGGGACUGCCCAGCACCUGAGAAGGCCAGUGGUUUUGCAGCUGCCUGUGUUGAAAGCUGCGAAGCAGAUAGUGAAUGUUCUGGAGUCAAGAAAUGCUGUUCCAAUGGAUGUGGUCACACAUGUCAAGUUCCAAAAAAUCUAUACAAAGGUGUUCCACUGAAACCCCGGAAAGAGUUAAAAUUCAUAGAACUGCAAUCUGGAGACCUGGAGGUGAAGUGGUCUUCAAAAUUCAAUAUUUCCAUUGAGCCUGUGAUCUAUGUUGUUCAGAGGAGGUGGAAUCAAGGAAUCCAUCCUAGUGAGGAUGAUGCUACUAACUGGCAAACAGUGGCACAGACUACGGAUGAGAGGGUCCAGCUGUCAGACAUCAGAGCGAGCAGAUGGUACCAGUUCCGCGUGGCAGCUGUCAAUGUGCAUGGGACGAGGGGUUUCACGGCACCCAGCAAGCAUUUCCGCUCCUCGAAAGAUCCGUCUGCUCCACCAGCUCCAUCUAAUAUCAGAAUUGCCAAUAUCAGUGCAAACAGUGAUGGAACUGUAAAUGUAAUGAUUACUUGGGAUCUUCCAGAAGAGCCUGAUAUUCCAGUGCACCACUACAAAGUCUUCUGGAGCUGGACGCACAGCAAAUAUGUGAUCCCAGCUAAAAAAAAGAGAAGGAAGAUUACUGAUGGGCCCCAGAAUUAUGUGGUCCUGGAGGGACUCCAAUCCAACAGCAACUACAAUGUAGAACUACAGGCAGUAACACGCUGGGGUCAGAUACGCCUUAAAAGUGCUAAGGUUUCUCUCCAUUUUAGCACAACACAGGACGCCAGGAAUAAUCAUAACAUAAAUGCUAUGUUUACCUUGAGAAAGAAUUUGCAUAUAUUUGAUGAGCAGACAUCUGCUGGGAAACCCCAGAAAGGACUGGUAGAUCCUUACCCAACAUAUCAAAGAAGGAAAACCACUCGUUUUCUUAAAAUUGGAACUCCUUUCUAUCAGGACAAUCAACUUCAGGUUAAAGUCUACUGGAAGAGAACAGAUAUCAACAUGAAUCAAUUCCAAGUCCACUGGUUACUGGAGUCCUGUGCACACAAUGACACCAAAGGACUUGGGAAAGUAACUGAGCUGACUUAUGAGAACUACAUGAUUCUGAAGGACCUGUCAUUUGCAUGCAAAUAUAAAGUAACUGUUUUGCCUGCAAAAUCUAAAGGUCGUUUUAAGGCUGAGAGUAUUUUCUUUGUCACCCCACCUUGCUCUGCAUUUAAAGAAAAAAACCACAAGCACAUUAAUUGUCCUGCUGAAGGAGUGCCAGUUCUACCCAAAGUGUUGGCCAAACCCGAGAAUCUAUCUGCGUCUUUCAUUGUUCAGGAAGGUAACAUCACUGGUCAUUUUUCCUGGAAGAUAUCUAAGGCAGUCCUUCACCAGCCCAUGACAGGGUUUCAAGUCACAUGGGCAGAAGUAACCACAGAAAGUCGACAGAACAGCUUGCCCAACAGCAUCAUUUCGCAGUCACAGAUACUGCCAGCAGAUCAUUAUGUACUCACCGUGCCCAAUCUGAGGCCAUCAAUGCUGUACCGAUUGGAAGUUCAAGUGCUGACAACUGGUGGGGAGGGACCAGCUACAAUAAAAUCAUUCCGAACACCUGCUCUUCCUCCAUUUUCACCCCACAGACCUCAUCUGAAGCAACAUCAUCCACACCACUAUAAGCCACCCCCAGAGAAAUAUUAAGCUGUUUCACAUGAUUAUAUAAGUAACUGAGAGGAAAAACUGAGCUCCCCGGUGGAGGCUAGGAAAAGGCACAUCUGUAGGAGCAAUGAAUACAGUUUUCCAGUGGAAGUUACCAUGCUGUACAAUCUGUAGCAACUCUAUGUAGUUUAGUCAUCAAGAAUUGUAUUUGUACCAAGACAAAGAUGAAGCAUAAAGCAAGUAUUAUUUUGGUACCACUACUAUUCAACAAAUUGAAGAUUGCAUCGAACUCAACACCUGAGAGAAAAUCAAAGUGUGGUUAUUAUAAUGUUUUUGUAUUUCUAUGUUUGAAGUAGAUUGAAACGAUGUGGUGUAUACAGCUUUUUCUCUUAGUGACCUCAAUGUUAAUAUGUAAGAGGUUGUCCUGUGAUACAUACAUACCUUUGAACACUGGAGGCCAUGUUGUCAUUAACAUGUUUAAUAGAUAUAUUUUACUUAAAGCCCUCUUACCAGUUCAAGUCCUAGAGUAUUUUGCUGUUAAAGAUCUCCACUUGUCUGAAAUCAGGACGUAAGUAAAAUAAGUAGCAGAAGCAAAAACCUUUAAAUAGUCAAUGUUUAAUAACUGCAGUAUCACUGCAGAGGA